UGGGAGUACGACGCCCUUCUCGACGUAGAAUUCGGUUGAGCCUGAAGCGCGGGGGAGAACUGGGGAAACUGGAAUUUCCCGCGGAGCUGACGGCGCUUGCUUUCCCCCUACUCGUUUUAUGUCCACGCGCUCCAAAAUAUCCGUCAUGGAGAAAUCUUGGCCGUGAUGUCUGUUCUAGGUCCACCACUGCUGUCCUGCUGAAGGUUGGGUCAGGCAUCUAAAGGGACUGUGGCAAGGGAGGAUGUGACACUGGUCUAAUCAGCUGCCAUCAUCAUCAUGAACUUUGAGGGUUUGGACCCUGGACUGGCAGAGUAUUCCCCAGCCAUGCAUUCUGCCUUGGACCCUGUCCUGGAUGCCCACCUGAACCCAAGUCUGCUACAAAAUGUGGAGCUGGACCCAGAGGGAGUGGCCUUGGAGGCUCUUCCUGUCCAGGAAUCAGUGCACAUAAUGGAAGGUGUCUACUCUGAAUUGCACAGCAUGGUGGCUGAAGUGGGCGUGCCUGUCUCCGUCUCUCACUUUGACUUGCACGAGGAGAUGCUGUGGGUGGGGAGCCAUGGGGGCCAUGCCACUUCAUUUUUUGGCCCAGCCUUGGAGCGCUACUCAUCCUUUCAGGUCAAUGGCAGUGAUGACAUUCGUCAGAUCCAGAGCCUGGAAAAUGGUAUCCUUUUUCUCACCAAGAGCAACCUCAAGUAUAUAGCCCGUGGGGGCCUUAUUAUAUUUGAUUACCUGCUGGAUGAGAGUGAGGACAUGCACAGUCUCUUGCUGACUGACAGCAGCACUCUACUCAUUGGUGGGCUGCAGAACCACAUACUGGAGAUUGAUCUUAACACUGUACAGGAGACUCAGAAGUAUGCAGUUGAGACACCUGGAGUCACCAUCAUGAGACAGACAAAUCGCUUCUUCUUCUGUGGCCACACCUCUGGCAAGGUUUCCCUACGAGACCUCCGUACUUUUAAGGUGGAGCAUGAGUUCGAUGCUUUUUCGGGGAGUCUGUCGGAUUUUGAUGUGCAUGGUAACCUGCUGGCUGCCUGUGGCUUCUCAAGCCGCCUCACUGGCCUGGCCUGCGACCGUUUCCUCAAGGUGUAUGAUUUGCGCAUGAUGCGUGCUAUCACGCCACUUCAAGUACACGUGGAUCCUGCCUUCUUGCGCUUCAUCCCUACGUAUACUUCUCGUCUUGCUAUUAUCUCCCAGUCAGGGCAGUGCCAGUUUUGUGAGCCCACAGGCCUGGCCAACCCAGCAGACAUCUUUCAUGUGAAUCCUGUGGGGCCUCUGCUAAUGACGUUUGACGUGUCAGCCAGCAAGCAGGCCCUGGCCUUUGGGGAUUCUGAGGGCUGUGUGCACCUCUGGACUGAUUCCCCCGAGCCUUCCUUCAACCCCUACUCCCGUGAGACGGAGUUUGCUUUGCCCUGUCUCGUGGACUCACUGCCUCCUCUGGAUUGGAGCCAGGACCUGCUGCCUCUUUCCCUCAUUCCUGUCCCGCUCACCACUGACACACUUCUCUCUGAUUGGCCUGCUGCCAACUCUGCUCCAGCUCCCAGGCGAGCACCACCUGUGGAUGCAGAGAUUCUACGCACCAUGAAGAAAGUGGGCUUCAUUGGCUAUGCACCCAACCCCCGCACCAGGCUGCGCAAUCAGAUUCCUUACCGACUCAAGGAAUCAGACAGUGAAUUUGACAGCUUCAGCCAGGUCACUGAGUCACCAGUAGGGCGGGAAGAGGAGCCACAUCUCCACAUCGUUUCUAAGAAAUACCGCAAGGUGACCAUCAAAUAUUCCAAGCUAGGGCUGGAGGACUUUGACUUCAAACACUACAAUAAGACUCUGUUUGCUGGAUUAGAGCCCCACAUCCCUAAUGCUUAUUGUAACUGCAUGAUCCAGGUGCUCUAUUUCCUGGAGCCCGUUCGCUGUCUAAUCCAGAACCACCUUUGCCAGAAGGAGUUCUGCCUGGCAUGUGAGCUGGGCUUCCUCUUCCACAUGUUGGACCUCUCUCGUGGUGACCCUUGCCAGGGCAGUAAUUUUCUUCGUGCAUUCCGUACCAUUCCUGAGGCUUCAGCCCUUGGUCUGAUCCUGGCUGACUCGGAUGAGGCUUCAGGCAAGGGCAAUCUGGCCAGGCUCAUUCAGAGGUGGAAUCGCUUCAUUCUCACUCAGUUGCAUCAGGAUAUGCAGGAGCUGGAAGUACCCCAGGCUUAUCGAGGUGUCGGAGGCAGCAGCUUUUGCUCAUCGGGGGACUCUGUCAUUGGGCAAUUGUUCAGCUGUGAGAUGGAGAACUGCAGCCUCUGCCGCUGUGGCAGUGAGACCGUGCGAGCCUCAUCCACCCUGCUCUUCACACUCUCCUACCCUGAGGAUAAAACUGGGAAGAACUAUGACUUUGCUCAGGUGCUGAAGCGAAGCAUCUGCCUGGAGCAGAAUACACAGGCCUGGUGUGACAACUGUGAAAAGUAUCAGCCUACGGUUCAGACCCGCAACAUCCGCCAUCUGCCAGAUAUCCUUGUCAUCAAUUGUGAGGUAAACAGCUCGAAAGAGGCUGAUUUCUGGAGAAUGCAGGCUGAGGCUGCCUUCAAGAUGACAGUAAAGAAGCAUGGUGGAGAAAUCUCUAAGAACAAGGAAUUUGCCUUGGCUGAUUGGAAGGAACUAGGGAGUCCAGAGGGUGUGCUGUUGUGUCCCUCCAUUGAGGAGCUAAAGAACAUCUGGCUUCCUUUCUCCAUUCGCAUGAAGAUGACCAGAAACAAAGGACUGGAUGUUUGCAAUUGGACUGAUGGAGAUGAGGUGCAGGUUGUUGAAAAACUGGGAAGAGGAGAGGGAGUAAGGGAGAGAAGUUGGCAGAAGUGGGGCCCAGCCAGGGCAGAGGAAGAGCAUGGUGUCUAUGUGUAUGACCUGAUGGCCACUGUGGUACACAUCCUGGACUCACGCACAGGGAGCAGCCUGGUGGCUCACAUCAAAGUCGGAGAGACCUAUCACCAACGCAAGGAGGGCGUUACUCACCAGCAGUGGUAUCUCUUCAAUGACUUUCUUAUUGAACCUAUUGAUAAGCAUGAAGCUGUCCAGUUUGACAUGAAUUGGAAAGUACCUGCUAUCCUUUAUUACGUCAAAAGGAAUCUUAAUUCCAGAUACAACCUGAACAUCAAGAACCCUAUUGAGGCAAGUGUCCUGCUGGCUGAAGCCUCAUUGGCACGGAAGCAGCGGAAAACACAUACUACCUUUAUUCCACUGAUGCUGAAUGAGAUGCCACAGGUUGGGGACCUGGUGGGCCUGGAUGCUGAGUUUGUCACCCUUAAUGAGGAGGAAGCAGAAUUACGCAGUGAUGGUACCAAGUCUACCAUUAAACCAAGCCAGAUGUCAGUAGCAAGGAUUACUUGUGUUCGAGGCCAGGGACCCAGUGAGGGUAUCCCCUUCAUUGAUGACUACAUCUCUACCCAGGAGCAGGUGGUGGACUACUUGACUCAGUACUCAGGGAUAAAGCCUGGAGACCUUGAUGCCAAAAUUUCUUCCAAGCACCUCACAACUCUCAAAUCUACCUACUUAAAGCUUCGUUUUCUCAUUGACAUUGGAGUCAAGUUUGUGGGUCAUGGCCUUCAGAAGGACUUCCGGGUCAUCAACCUCAUGGUGCCCAAGGACCAAGUCCUUGACACUGUCUACCUAUUCCACAUGCCCCGAAAACGAAUGAUUUCCCUGCGAUUCCUUGCUUGGUACUUUCUGGACCUGAAGAUUCAAGGGGAAACCCAUGACAGUAUUGAGGAUGCCCGCACAGCCCUUCAGCUCUACCGAAAGUAUCUAGAGCUAAGCAAGAAUGGCACCGAGCCUGAGUCUUUCCACAAGGUGCUCAAGGGCCUUUACGAGAAGGGCCGGAAGAUGGACUGGAAGGUGCCUGAACCUGAUGGCCAGACAAGUCCCAAGAAUGCAGCUGUCUUCUCCUCGGUGUUGGCACUCUGACCUACCCUGUCCCAAAGAACCACUACCCACUCCCUUCAGUGUUCUGUUGCUCCAGAACUGGGAGAUGGUUUCCCAAGUUGGCUAUACCAUGUCCACUUCCAGAAUUGGACCCACUCAGGGUCUCCAGAUGGUGCUAUUAAUAGAACUAGAAUGCAGCAGAAUUGUUGCAGUGAUUCUAGGAGCCAGAUUCUUUCUUCAUCCUUUGCAGAAUAGGCGGCCAGAAACAAGAGUCUAGAAUUGACCCAGAUGGCAAGGAAUUGGUAUUCUUAAUAAAUAUCCUGGGUAGAUAAUGUCCAGGCAGAGAAGCUCCUAGAACCAAAACUCUCAGUUCCUAGCUGACUAGGGACUGAAGUCUUGGACCGUGCCAGAAGAUACCACAGCAACUCAAGAUUUAGCUCAAGUCUCCAAUUGCUUGAGGGAUGCCUGGAGGGGCCAGCAUGCGGAGUCUUGGUGGCCCAAGCAGACCAGUGUUGCCAACACCAUUGCCAAAAGGGCCUUUGGGUCCUGGACAAAGCUUGGCUUCUGGCUUCAUUUAUUCCUGCUGACAGCUGAGAAGCAUCUGUCUUCCAUCCACUAUCCUGUACCAAGUUUUGUUAAUUUUUAAAACUUUGUUUUAAACUGCAUGUUUUAUAAAA